AUGUCACGGAUACGGUUUAAGGGCGGGGCGUGGACGAACAGCGAGGAUGAGGUGCUGCGGGCCUCACUGACGGUGUACGGGCUACGGAAUUGGGAGCGGGUGGCGUCUAUGCUGGUGCGCAAGACCGCUGCGCAGUGCCGCGAGCGCUGGGAGAGUUAUCUUGACCCCCACCUGCAUAUCCGCGAGGCGUGGACCGCGGAGGAGGAGGAGCAGCUCGUGCAGCUGCAGUCGCUUUUUCCAAAUCAGUGGAACCUCAUCGCCCGGGAGCUGCGCAGGCGCGGUGGCAUGAACCGUCCUGCAUGGCUAUGCGAGGAGCACUACCACACCCUCCUCGACGCCCUCGAGUAUGAGCGGCAGCAGCGGGAGGGUGGAAGUAGCAGGCGGAAUGAGUCACUGACGCUGGAAGACUUCUUGGCGGAACGGAAGCGGCACCGCGCCUACCAUCAGGGGCAUGAAACCAGAGAGGCACGCUCUGACGCCGUCAACUCGGACGUCUUUGAAAAGGAGAUGGUGGAAUUUGCUGUGAGCCGCUUGGCAAAUCAGGACGGUAAGAAGGGACUACGCAAGGAGCGCAAAAAGCAGCUGCAACACACAAGCUUCCUCGCCAAGCUGCAGAGCAAUCGCGAAGCCAUUGAGUCUGGCACACUCACGACGAAGGCGAAGAAACGGAUGGAACGCGCCAUGUUGGAGGAUCGUGCGGGGCCAAGCGGCACGCGGCUGCAGGAUGGAACCCGCGAGGACGACGCUGAGAGCGACAGUGGCGACGUCGCAAAGGACGGGGCCCAGCGUGGCCAAGAGAGCGCGUUCCGUCCUAUUGACCUUGGUGCAGACAAACAGGAGGCCGGGAUUCAGGCGAAGCAGCGUGUACUCGUGAAGAACCUCGUGGCAGACAAGGGGCGUCUUCAACAAGAGACGGCCGUGUCUGAAGGCAUCAAUGUGGACUUGCUGCGAAUUGCGAGCGGUGUGUCUGGAAGUUCUGUGCCUCAUCGAUUAGAAGGCAAGAAGGGCAUACCGCCAACUGCCAGCGAGAGUAGCGCUGCGCCAGGUGGGUCUCUCGGCACAGCAGCUCUUGACUUCCUCUUCGCGUCGCUUCCCGAUACUGUAGCGCCCAAGCAAUCGUCUGUAGUGGAGGUGUCGGUGCCUGUGAAUGACCUAUUCGGGGCCCUACCUGCCCCUCUGCUUGGCAGCAGUAUGUCAAGGGGCGGGGUGGCCACGGCGAAGGCAGAGGUGAUUGCGGCAGCUCCAGCUGAAGCAGAAGCGGUGGCGGAAGAAGAGGAAGAGGAAGCCGAGGAGGGGCCAGAGGUUUCCUACGCCGUUUCUUCCGGCAGUCACUCACCCGCGCCCUCGAAGGCGCUGGUUUUUUCCUCAGAGGAGGGGCAAAUGUGGCUCCGCAGAGCGAAGCGACUCGUGUCCGUGGAGGCUGAACGUGCGUUUCUCAACCACAAGCGCGUCCGUAACGACAUUUCGUCUCCCACGGGGACGUCGCAGGCGGCGACGCAUGCGAGAGAUGAAAACAGAACGGAGGCUGGGGAGGACGUCGAGGAGGCGGGAGAUGACAACGAAAGCACGAGCUGCAUCGUGCGCGCCCUGGUGGUCCAGCAGCUGCCCGCCACUGCGCGGGAUCUUCUUGACGCGGCGGGGGUGCUAGACGAGCCGCUGGCGAAGAAGUUAAAGCUGGGCAAUGGAUACGGCGGCGUUUGUGGCGGUAACGCUGACGGCGCGGGGACAGCAACGGAAAUGAAUGCGGGAGAGGAAGAGGUCGGCGCCAGGCUGGCGGCGUGUGUUGCGGCGGUGCAGCAGGAGAGCGGUGCAGAGUUUUGGAAAGACGUUGGCGCCACAGAGGCGACGGUGCAGCUUGAGAAACGUGUGCACCACCAACGCGAGCAGCUGGAGGCCGCUGCAGCAAAGGAUACAGCAGCGCGCCGGCGUCUUGAGCGCAUCGUGCGUAUUUGCUUUGCCGGCGACGGGCAACACAUGCGUGGGGACGACUUCAUGUACCGUGCACGUGUUUACUGGGGCUCGAAGCUGGAGGACGCACAACGCGAGUUGGCCUUCUACAGCAAUCUCCGCGAGGCUGAGCGUCGGGAGAUCCAGCGGCGGCUGCAGGAAGCUACAAGUCGGUUGACCGACAUUGAGCAGAAGGAACGAACGCUGCAGGAACGGUACCGCUCCAUGCGGCUUACACAAUAG